AUUUUGGCCCGUGCGUGUGGACGACGUCGUUGUUCCCAAGCGUUGAACGCUAUAUCUUCCUUCGCCUUACAAGGCGUCGUUGAAUCCUCCGACUUCUAUUUUCACCGUCGUCUCACAAUAACGCACGUCCUUGCGCGUAAAACGGUGUUUUGGAUUACAUGCGGGUCCUCUCUCUCGCCCACCCUCUCAUGACCUCCCAAGAAAAAAGCAGUCUAUUUCAUGUCCAAAAUCUCGCUCAACGUCUCAAGUAUCUAUCUUUCCCAAUACGCUAAACCUAUUAAUAAUUAUGUUUUAUCUUCUAAAACAUGAAGACAAACUGUUCGAUGAAUUGCCAAGGGGAACUCUCACAUAAGCAACUCCUUAUAUUGUUUGUAAUACACUUCCAUGCUCCAUAAUGUUUACACACUAUAAAGACUAGGACAUCUAAAAUUUCCAAGUUGGUAAGAAGAGCGGACAUGAGCGAGUCCUGGUGUGUUAUUUUUUGCAAGUAAAAUGUGGAAUUACUGCAAAACUUGCGGACUAUGCUUGUUUGGUGCAUUUAACAAGUCUCCGUACGUGGCAAUAUAAGGAAGCUUUAAAUUUGUAAAGGAAAUGACAGUGGAGCCUGAUAAAAGAAUCUGGGAGCUCUUCUUGCUUGUUGUAGAUCCAAACGCGAUGGGUCAAUUGAGGUGGUCCCUUGUAUGUAGAAGGGGAUGUGUGGAAAUAUGUUGAAAGGCUUAAAAAAAUUAGUAGAUGAGAAGGGAUGGACAAAGAGAACAGACAUGAAUCAAAUUAAUCGUUACACCGUGGUUUCAAUUAAGGAGUCAUGAGGGGUAAUGUUCAAUUGCUCUUAUGCUUUGUCCUAAUUGCGUUUGUUUUGCGUCUGCAAUCGUAACAUGCAUGGUUGCUAAGGAAUGUGAGUUUGAUUGUUCUUUGCCCUUCUCAGUUCAUGAUUUUUAUUUGGAUAAUUAUAGAUGAGGUUAAAUGAUGAUCGUGGAUUAUAAAUUGCAAUUAUGGACUUCAGUAACUUCAGUUCACUUGUGAUAAUCCUGAGAAAUUUGAAAUGGCUGUUUAAUCAUAAUGUUUAGCGAGUGAAUUCCUAGUAAAGAAUAGCUGUCUGGAAAGGAAGUUUAUUGGUAAUAAUAUGAGAGGAUGGAUGAUUCUGGAAUUUAAACUAGAAAGAACUUGAUGCACCUGAGUUUUAGGUCACUUGAAAAAAGUUUGAACUUAAUGACACCACUCUUUUGUCUAGCUUCUUUGAUUUCCUUAUCACAUUACUUAUACAGAACAGGUAUAAUAAAAUUCUGAAUCUCAAGAAAGAUGCAGUUAGAUGAAGUUGAAGACGCCAAGUUAUUCAAGCAAAGCUCGAAUGUGGAAAUUUCAACCCUGUAAAAGCUGAUUUUUUUUGUUACUGUAAUAAAGAUGAAAUAACUAAGUUUUUAUUGCUUUAAAGUUAUCAAUUUUGGGAUUCAUUUAAUUAGUUUUAAUUACUUAUUUAUAUCUCUUCUCACAUGACAGCUAUGAAUUCAAAUACAAACGUAGCAAUUUUGUUGAAUUAAAUGAACUUUUGAAACUUCCCCGUAAUUAAGUUCUUAAUCCAAUACAACUCCAAGUCCUUUUUCUUGUAAGAACAUUGUCCCUCUCUCUCUCUCUCUCUCUCUCUCUCUCUCUCUCUCUCUCUCUCUCCCUCUCUUUCUCUGUCUUGGUAUGCGCAUGUAUAGUUGCUUGCUUUUACAUGCAUGCUAGGUGUACCUGUUCAAAAAUGGAAAAAGGAAUCCUUGAAGUGCUACUUGUUCGAGCUGAACGCAUUCGGCACACAAACCUUGUUGGAACACCAGCCUACUAUGUCGUCACACAAUGUGGAAAUAAAGUACAUAAAAGCAAAGUAUCAUUAGUGCUUGCAUUUCGUCAUGCAGGAAAAGAUGAAGAAGCACGGUGGAAUGAGAAAUUCAGGUUUGAAUUUCCACUAAUUGAUUGGAAAUACCUGACCCAUCUGAAAUUCAGAAUCAUGGAUAAGGAAUUCCUCAGACAUGGUGGAUUUGUCGGUGAAACAAUAAUUUACAUUGGAGGAAUGAUAGCUGACGGAAUUGAUGAAGGAAUUCUAGAAGUAAAACCAGUUCCAUACAAUGUGGUGCUUGAAGAUGACACUUACAAAGGAGAGAUAAAAGUUGGGCUCAAAUUCAUUACCAAUAAAGAAAUGCCUACAGAAGAAACAGCGUCCGUGACACCAGUCAAUGAACCAAGACAAUCAUUCUGCAGAUAUAUAAUCAAUCACUUGAAAUCUUCAUGGUCAAGGUUCUAUUUUUAUUGUAGUCAAUUGAUAACCAGGAAUAAGCCAAAGGAAAAUUAGAAGAAACACGCUCCUUGAUCUGGAAUUCUGAUGUGAAGCUGAGCUUUGUAAAGAAAUCAGGAACAUAGAUUCUCCCCUUGAGGUUAGGAUAACAUCAUGCUUAAGACUCGGGAAAAUAGAAUUUAUUGCUUAUAGGCCAUAGCCUUGCCAUGCAUAGAAUUUUAGGUCUGUUAGCGUGAGUAGACAAGAGGGUUAUGCUAUUGACAGACACUUGAUGGCUCAGAAUCAAUAAGACCAACCAGCUAAUACAUUCUCUCC